AUGGUAACAGGCACAAUCUUUGGUUUCUUUCUACUUAUGUUAGUAAUUGCUAUGUUUUAUCGUCUUUAUAGCUCAAAUAAAUCAGAAAGAGAGAAUAGAAUAAAGGUUAAAAGGUUUUUGGAAGACUAUGAAGCUCUCAAGCCCUCAAGAUACUCCUAUGCUGAUAUUAAAAGGAUUACAAAUCAAUUCAAAGAUGCAUUAGGCCAAGGAGGUUAUGGAACCGUGUACAAGGGAAAGCUUUCAAAUGAAGUUUUUGUUGCAGUAAAAAUCCUUAAUAAUUCUCAGGGAAAUGGGGAAGAGUUCAUUAAUGAAGUGGCAACAAUGGGUACAAUCCACCAUGUUAAUAUAGUUCGCUUAGUUGGAUUUUGUGCUGAUAGAUUUAAACGAGCUCUAAUUUAUGAGCACUUACCAAAUGAGUCAUUAGAGAAGUUCAUAUUUUCAAGAGUUGUUAAGAACUAUUCACUUAGUUGGAAGAAACUUCAAGAAAUUGCUAUAGGUAUAGCGAAAGGAAUUGAGUAUCUUCAUCAAGGUUGUGAUCAAAGAAUCCUCCAUUUUGAUAUCAAACCUCAUAAUAUUUUACUUGAUCACAAUUUUAAUCCAAAGAUUUCUGACUUUGGUUUAGCCAAAUUGUGCUCUAAGGAACAAAGUGCAGUUUCUAUGAUAGUUGCAAGGGGAACAAUAGGCUACAUUGCUCCAGAAGUGUUGUCUAGGAAUUUUGGGAAUGUGUCUUAUAAGUCAGAUGUUUAUAUUUUUGGAAUGUUGUUACUUGAAAUGGUUGGAGGGAGGAAGAACAUUGAUGUUAGUGUGGAGAGUACUAGCCAAGUAUACUUCCCAGAAUGGAUUUAUAAUCAUUUGGAUAUAGGGGAAGAAUUGUAUAUUCGGAUUGAAGAAAAAGGAGAUGUUGAGAUUGUAAAGAAAUUAGCAAUUGUGGGACUCUCAUGUAUUCAAUGGUAUCCAAUGGAUCGUCCUUCCAUGAAAAUUGUAGCUCAAAUGUUGGAAGGUAAAGGAGGCAAGUUAACCAUACCUCCUAAUCCUUUUGCUUCAACAACUCCAACAAAGACAAACUUGAGCAAGCCAAGAAGUGCUUUUCAACAAGAGUUGGCAAUCAUUUCAGAAGUAGAGUAAAAUAAUUGUCUAUAUGUUCAAAUUAUCAUGAAUGUGUAAAUUUGAUACAAAUUCAUAUUGUAGUUGUU